AUGCAGAAUAACGAGAAAGUUAUAACACAUUUACUUGAACUACCCAAUGAAUUAUUUCCAUACUUGUUAAAUUAUCUCAGUUCAGCAGAAAUUCUCAAAGCUUUUCUUGAGCUGAGCGAACGCAAUACGCGACUUGCUUCUCUCAUUAUACCCUAUUUAUCUUAUAUUAACUUGUCUCAUGAAUCGAAUUUUUGGUUGACUACUCGUUUACCUAAAUUCCGAGACGUGAUCUAUUCAGUAUGCGCUACUACUCGACAACUGACACAUUUACGCGAUCUACCAUCACUAGGAACAUUAGCAAUCGUUGAAAUUCAUUCAACAAAUGAUUUAGCCGUUGCUCUUCGAACUUUAACUGCUGGAGUGCCAAAGUUAUAUUCGCUCAAACUUAAGUUCAUUUUAAAACAUGACAUUUUUGAUUUAGAAAGCAGCUUCGAUAUUCCAUUGGAAGAAUUCGAUCUCUCAUUGAGAUGCUCGUUUACUCCAACAGGCUCAACGAUUUCUUCAUUACGCCAUUUAACUUUACGUGUAAAUACAAUCGGUGAUUUAUUUCAACUCGGUCGACAAUUACCAAUGAUUGAAUCAUUGCUUGUCAACAUAAAUGGACAAAUAUAUACGACUGUUGAUUCUUUGCAACAGUUCGAUUCAUUUUUUAUUCUUUCUCCUUAUAUAAAACGAGUUGGACUCUAUUCUCGAGACAUAAUACCAAACAGAUUUCGACCAAAAUAUCGAUAUGAAUUCGAAUACUUUGAAAAAUUUAUCCAUGGAUGUUCUUCAUCGCUGGAAUAUCUAACACUCGAUUUAAUUUUACCAAAUCGAUCCGAAUCAACUUCAUUAUUUCAUUCGCCAACAUUCGUCGAUGGUGAUCGACUCGAAAAAGGAAUCAUUGCAGUUUUAACUCGCCUAAAAAAAAUUGAAUUUUGUAUCGAAUUCGAUCUCCCUGUUAAAUGUAUUGAAAAAUAUCAAAGUUCAUUUGCGACUGAACUCUGGCGACAACGAUGUAUAGUAAUUGAUUAUCCAAUUUCAGCAACUCUUCCUGUCUCUGGUACUACCCAAAUGAUUGUCUUUUCUAUCACUGAUACUGAAACAGUUUUCGAAGAGCUAUCCAUCGCUUCAUCACGAAUUACCGAUUGGCAUUCAAAUGCCAAUUUAACUACACAUCAUAGUGGAAUUAUACUCACUUCUGUGCGUACUAUAACUAUUGCACCUUUAGAUCGUGAUACUACUCUCACCCUCGAUCUAUUCCGAUGGAUUUCUGCGUCAUUUCCACGACUUCGUUGCCUGGAGCUUGUACAAGAAACAGACUGGCAACUUGAAGAAGAAAGUGUCUCCUAUCCAGAACUUGAAAACGUUCGAGUUCUCUGUUUUCGCGGAAAAUUGUCUUCGCAACUGAUUCGUCGUCUUCUUCGCAUGUGUCCCCGAUUGAGAUAUUUGCAAUUAUCAAAAGCGUCACUCACAAAAAUGAUUGCAGAUUCGGAGUUAUAUAAUGAUCCGUAUUUGAUAAAUAUUUAUCAUCAAAUAUUAGAAAUUCAAUUGACUGGUCCGGGUGAUUAUGUUAGCUUUAACGGACAACUUCAUGACUUUUUCCCACUUGCUUACUUUGUUUAG